AUGACGAAAGAGACCAAAACCAACAAGAGAACCCAUCAGUGUGAAGGUGCUAAGGAGGAGGAGCACCAUGUCGAUCAGCCCAUGCAGAAUGAGAGCCAUCAUCAGGCAGUGGCAACUCGUGAUGAGGCAAAGCACCAGCACCAAGAAGUAAAGGACACUGAUGAGACAUCUAGCCACCAUGGCGACGAAUCGAGACACGAGUACCAGUGCUAUCAGAAGGAUAGGAUAAUACGCAGCGGUUUAGCUGGAGGCAGUACAGACGAUUCAAAGGACACCAAUGUUGAGACAUCUGGCCACCAUGACCACGAGUCAAGACUGAAGUACCACUACGAUCAGAGGGAACGGAUAGUACGCCAUGUUCUAGGUGAGGACGUUGAAGAUGAUUCAACUUUUCACGGAGCUGUUGAAAAAAAUUUGAUUGGAGAAGGACGAAAAGAAGGAGCCAAACACGAGUGUCAACGGGUAUUGGUGGGCAAUGAAUGGCAACAGCCAGAAGACAAAUCAGGAGGCCACGCUCAAGCACAACAGCGUCAACGACAGCCAAAAAUGGUCCCACAAGUCGGGGCCUUUGCCGUGGAAGGAAUCGGGGUGGUUGAAGACAGUCCUCUUUGGAACGAAGUGGUAAGCGGUGAAAUGGACAACAACAGUGACGAUGACGGCGGUGAAGCAGUAAUCGAUGAAGCUUUUCUUGUUGAUAAUGAUCAAUCUAUUGAAGAUCAAAGUGUCUUCAUGGAAGAAGGGACAAGCCAUAAAGGCAACAAAGAAGAAGAAGAAGUGAUUGAAGGGAAAAUCAUGCCCCACAGUGAUGAGCGGGGGCAAGGAAAUGUUUAUCCCUGGUUAGGCUUGGCCUUCCUGGCUGUGACCGGUUUGGUGGCUUUUCUUGCCUUAUACCUUCCCUUGACUUCCAACUCAUCGAGUGUUGGUAGCAAUAUGCGUCAGACUGUUCAUAAUGCAGUCAAUAACUCUCCCAUCAUAUAUCCACCCUUUCAGGAUGAUUUGCUCACAAGCACACUAAAGGCCAUUCUCAACACAUCCACCCCCGAGUAUCUUGCCAAUGCCUGGAUGUGGAACGACCCUCAUCUUGACAGCUACUCUCAUGAAAGACAACAUCAAAGGUUUGAUUUGGCAUACUGUUACUACAUGACAAAUGGUCACAACUGGUCUAGAAAUGACCACUGGCUCAGCUAUGAUGUCAACGAAUGUGAUUGGUUCACACAGGCCCACAACGAGAGCAUUCUACACUAUGACAACUAUCCCAUCUGUGAUGAGAACAACACUCUCCUCAUUCUCAACCUAAACUCAAACAAUCUGCAGGGGACCCUGCCAGUAGUCAACCGAUUCCUACCAAAUAUUCUGACACUGGAUAUUGGGAACAACCAGUUGCAUGGAGCUGUUCCAACGGGGGCUGCUUCAACCAAUGAAGUCCUUGAGGUGUUCAUUGUAUCCAACAACUACUUUGAAGGUCAGUUGAUUUCCAGUGGUGGCUUCAAACCGUUUGGGAUACGAAUCGUCAAGAUGGAGGGCAACUUUCUGCUUGGAUACAUCGAUCCCCUCCACAAGUAUAUGACCAAGUUGGAAAUUCUGAAUGCUUCCAGCAAUCUCUUUGGGCUCUUUGGUGCCAAGCUAGCAGAGACACUUGUCAGUAAGAGUCUCUACUACUAUGGGGGUGCGGAUUGUCUUUUUACCGGAACCAUCCCAAGCACAGUGGGAUUGCUCCCAGCUUUGGAAACCAUUGAUGUCCAUGGCAAUGCUGGUUUGUUUGGUCCGAUACCCACAGAGCUUGGUGAGUUGACCAACCUGGCUCUACUGGAUGUGUCCUAUACAAACAUUUCUGGACCAGUCCCUACAAAACUCUGUGAACGAGUUGAAACUGGCUUGCUGGAGAUUCGGGCCAACUGCAGCCUUGUAGACUGCUGCUCUGUGAACUCCACCCUACCAAAUAGAUCCUAG